AUGUCUCCACCAAGUGAUAGGAAUGUUAUCCUUGAAAAUCUUCGCAGGACAAUUGAGGAAGGAAGGAUCAUUGUCGGCGCAGGCGCUGGGAUUGGAUUAUCGGCAAAGUUCAUCGAGCAAGGCGGAGGUGAUCUGAUCAUCAUCUAUAACAGUGGUCGUUACCGAAUGGCAGGCCGAGUUCUGCCAAUCGUCAAGUCGACUCCAGUGCUCGCCGGUGUCUGCGCAACUGACCCUUUUCGCGACAUGUCUCGAUUCUUGAAACAACUCAAAGACUUGGGCUUUGCCGGCAUUCAAAACUUCCCUACUGUUGGCUUGAUCGACGGCACCUUUCGACAGAACCUUGAGGAAACGGGCAUGAGCUACGACGCAGAGGUUGAGGUGAUCCGCCAAGCUCGGGCUAUGGACCUCCUUACCACACCUUACGUUUUCAGCGUGGAAGAAGCACAGAAGAUGUCGCACGCAGGCGCAGACAUUCUAGUGGCUCACAUGGGACUCACCACUAGUGGGAGUAUUGGUGCAAAUAGCGGAAAGACACUGGACGAAUGCGUCAAACUAAUUCAGGAGAUUCGAGAUGCCGCUAUAGCAAUUAAGGAAGACAUUAUCGUGCUAUGUCAUGGCGGUCCGAUUGCCAGGCCAGAAGACGCAGAGUAUGUUAUCAGCCGCACUAAGGGAGUUCAUGGUUUCUAUGGAGCGAGUAGUAUGGAGCGACUUCCCGUUGAAGACGCAAUCACCAACAUCACGAAAACUUUCAAAAACUUGAAUUUUGGUAAAAAAUGA